CACGAGGAAGGUUAUUUGUUCUUAGAUUAAUGUCUUUCAUACCUGAAUAAUGAUCCUUUCAAUAUCUCUAACUAUCCUGUUGGCUGAAUUAUGUUAUUCAGCUUUGCAUUCUCAUGGAUCAUUUCAUCCAUUGGAAAACUAUAAUUCAGAUCUUUUUGAAGGAGACAUUCUGCUACGAAAUGGAACUUUCGGUAAGGAUAGGUAUGCAACCACACACAAAGGGUUAAGAUGGCCGAAUGGAAUUGUCCCCUACAUACUGGAUGAAAUAUAUUCUGAGAGUGACAUAGAACUGAUUCGAUCUACCAUGGAUAAGUUCGAAAAACACACUUGCAUCAAAUGGGUAGAAAGAACAGAUGAAGACGAUUACGUAGAAAUAUACAGUGAUAUGGGAUGCUUUUCUGAGUUAGGGAAAGUUGGUGGAGUGCAAUCUUUAUCGUUGGAAUCUGAUACCUGCAUGAAAAAGGGCGUUAUCUUGCAUGAAAUGAUGCAUUCACUGGGGUUUUUGCACGAGCAAACUCGCUAUGACAGAGAUGACCAUGUUCGUGUUUUGUGGGAUAAUAUAGUACCUGGUAUGGAACCAAAUUUUUCAAAGAUGCGUCCUUCAGAAAUUGACCUCUUGGAUCUUGGCUAUGAUUAUGAAUCUAUAAUGCAUUAUGGGGCCUAUAUGUUUGCUCUAGAUCGAUCUUUGCCUACAUUGAAACCUUCGAAUGAACAUGUACCGCUGAGGCAACUUGGUUACGGGCAGGCCCAAGGUGUUUUCUCAGAAUUGGAUAUCCAAAAAAUAAACAAGUUUUAUGAAUGUGAUUUGCAAACUAAUGUUUCGUCUUAAUAUGAUCUUAGUUAUAUUUUCUUGUAUAUUUGUAUCAUAAAAUAAAAACCAAAUUUGAAUUA